AUGGUCUCUGCAGACCACAAAGGAGGAGGAGACUCCCCUCCGCCUCCAGAUCACUCUUCUCCCCCGACAUCCCCACCUCCACCCCAGAAUGAAUCCGCACCCCCCUCCGACAUUGACAGCAAGACGCUAGGCGAGCGUGACGCCGUGAAAGAUGCUGCGGACACAAGCGCUGCAACUGAACCGCAGCCUCCCACUGAUCACACGACCGAGACGCCUGCCGCUACUGAGUCCGAGUCUGCAUCUGACGCCAAGGAGCAGGACUCCCCGCCGCCGACACCACCCAAAGAUGACAGCGCUGCGCCGGACGCCGGCAAGGCAUCCCCCGCUAAGAGCGCAGAUGACCAGCCCCUCUCUGCUAUUGCACCGACAGCUCCGAAGCCCAAGCCACCCAAGCCGAAUGCGAAGCGUCCAAAGAAGGGUAUCUUGAAGCCGCCCCCGCCUCCGGCAAAGCCGACGCUUGGUAACAUGCUGCGCGACAUGGUCGUCGGAUCCGUGUCCGGGGAAGGUCCCGGGCCGUCCGCACCUCACCCGUCGCAGGCUAUGAAUGCAGCCGUCGGCACGCUGAAUGCGUGGUCGGGGCGUCUGGGACUGGGAUUCGGGCGGUUCGGGAGGGACGCAGAGUCGCAGCCCGGACCGCCUGUUCCUCCCAAAGUGCUCAAACCGCGCCUCCCACCACGCACGACCUCGCUGCGUGAUGGACGAUCCACUGGUCAGCCGGGCCAGGCGCCUUCACCGCCGCCGGCUCCCGUGGCGGCCGCUGCCUCUGCUCACCCGUCACCUGCCAACCCGAAGAAGAAGCAGCCCCUCAAGCGAGCGACUUUCGUGCUGCCCAGCAUGAGUAUCACCUACCCCAUCAGCUCUUACGGAGAACCAUGGAGUCAGAAGGUCCUGGAGGACCGGCAAAGAGUCGAAUCACGCCAGCGCAUGCUUCUGUCGACCGCUCGCGGAUCAGAAUACUGGACGUCCAUGCGGCUUAUCAAGCUGUACGAGAGCGCGUGUCGCGGACGAGAGGAGAAGCCCAGGUUAGGCGUGGUGCGGGCGCUGCAGGCUCUUCCAGCCCACCCGAAGCCUCGACAUCUGCACCUGAUCGUCCACGACAUUGCGUCCCAAGGUCCGACAUCAUCGUCGUCACAGUCAUCGUCGUAUCCGAUCGACCACCACCUCACGCGGUAUGCUGCUGAGGCGUUAGCCGAUGUCCUCGCGAUCGAGUGGGGUCUCAACGAUCUCCGCCUCGAAAAGGGUGUCAUCGAGAACGAAGAGGCUAUCAAGCCGAUUCUCCACGCCCUUCUCGUUAGCGGAUCGCUUCCGAGCCUGAGUCUCGCUGGAAACAAAAAGAUCAAGGCUGGUGGAUGGAACCUCCUGGCUGUGUUCCUGAAGCGAGUGAGUUUAUGUACGCUUGUCGUGGCUAACUCUCAGGCGCGCUCAUUGAAGUCGCUCGAUUUGUCGGAGACGACGUGGGACCGCAAGGGUGUCGACUAUCUUGUUCAGGCUCUGAACUCUGCGCCGGUCCAGAACCACGCUGCCAUCGUCUCGGCAGAAAGCGAGACCGACGGCGACGAUACGGACGACGGCUCCAAGAAGUCGCCGUACUGCCUCAUUCUCCCUCCAACGCCGAUGCUGAGGAACCUCGAGGACAUCGACUCGGCUCCCGCGGCGGUUCAGACGCUGCGCAUGGACAACUGCAACUUCCGGUCGUCUGCGCUGGAGGUGCUCGCAAACGGCAUCCGCACGUCUGAUCUCCUUCACCUCUCCCUCCGCAACAACCGCAUCAACCACCUGGGCGCAGUGUCGCUCGCUGUGAUGAUCCGCGACUACCCCGACAGUGCCGCCAUCAGCUCCCUCGCCCCCCUCGUCAACUCCCACAACGACAACUCCCUUCCCUACGUCCCGCGCGCGUGGCGGCAGCAGGGCCCUCCUCGCCCGAACGCUGACAAUGCCGACCUCCCUCCCAUCCCACUCGUCACGUCGUCGUCUGCCGGUGGGGUUACAUCUCGUGUCGUGCCCGAUGGAUACAAACCUCCUCCGGCGCCGAAACACCCGUUAGUCAUGCCUGGCGGCGGGUACAGCGCGAUCCAGGACGGCGCCUUGAACUCUGUCACGGCCGAGGGCAAGAUCUCGCACGCCGAGCAGGGUGUCGCAUCUUUGGCUCUGCAGCGCAGCGUGCGCGCGCUCGAUGGCGUGGAGCGCGUCGGCCGUCUCGUCACGCUCGACUUGAAGAACAACGACAUCGGUCGUGGCGUAACGUACAUCGCCCAGGUGCUGAAGCGCAACCGCACCUUGAAGGUGCUCAACCUGAGUGCGAACCGCAUCGAGCCGCAAGGGCUGACGGCCCUCGCUGAGGCGCUCAAGUACAACUCGACGCUCGAGACACUCGACCUCAGCGGCAACCCGUGCUGCGGCCCGAGCCUGGAGGGCAUCGCUGCUCUGCGCACCAUGUUCACGGUGAACCACACUUUGAAGCGCCUCUUCCUCAGCGAUACGGGAAUGACGACUGACGGCGCGAUCGACCUCGCCGAGUUCAUCCCCGAGAACCGUGGUCUGCUGCACCUCGACCUGACCUCGAACCCCGCCAUCGGUACAGCCGGCAUCCUCGCCGUCUCCUCUGGUCUUAAGUCGAACAAGAUCAUCCGUUGCCUGGACGUCUCGAUCCCGCCGAACGACCCGAACCUCGCCGAGCUGUCACAGUCGAUCCUCCAGUCGUGCAUCCGGAACACGGAGAUUGCAGCCGAGGCGCUGAAGGAGGGCAAGACGCGCGGCGCCCACGAAGCCAUGUGGCGCCCGAUCAAGAAGUCCGCCCUUGUGCGCCAGGUCAAGGCUGCCGAGUCGCGCCGCGUGCAGGCCGAGGCCGCCGCGGUCGUCCAUAGCGUGGAGGGCCAAGCGCGGGAGCACGUCUACCGUCUUGCGCCCGAUGAGCUGGUUCCUGACGCCGAGCGCGUCAUCCCCGCUCUGGAGAAGUGGUACGCCCACCCGCGGCGCGACGCGCACAGCCCAUCGGAGGAGUUCAAGCCUCUCCUCGAGCGCGCCAAGGCGCUCAGCGAGCGGCUGCAAGAGCUCGCGCCCGCCGAGUCCGACCCGGCCAAGCUCGAGCGCAUGCUCGGCGCGAACGACCAACUCACCGCUUUGGUCGGCAAGGCGGCCUCCUUCCUCCCGACGCCGCCACGUAUCCUUCUCCCGUCGCAGAUCGCAUUUGCGUCCCCCGCCGCGCCCGUCGUGACGCCCACCGGCGCCCAUGGCCGGCGGCACAUGCGCAGUGUGAGUCUGGAGAUCUCAAGUCCGAACUUUUCGCUCGGCGAGAGCGACGUGGAGGAAUCCGACGAGGACGACGAACACCUCUCCCCCGCCACCGCGCGCCGGCGGCCCGAGCAGGAGAGCCCCACCAAGUCUGUCGCUAAGAGCAACAGACUCCAGGCGGAUCUCAUGGAGGCGGCGGCCGACGGAGACACUGAGGCCCAGAGCGAGGAGAGUGCGGCGGCCAAGGCAGAGGAACUCAGGCGGAAGGCGGAAUGUCUCGUCGACGCCGAGCUGGCCGUGGGCGCCUCCUCCCCAGUCUCGAAUACAUCGCGCAAGUGGGUCGAGGAGGAGGCCGAGAUCUUCCGCAAGGGCACAAAGUUAGGUGUUGCCGAGUCUGAUUCGGACUCGGACUCUGACGACGCGGCGCCCUCCUCGCCUCUAGCUCAUAGCCGGCGCAGCAGCACGGGAGGCAAAGACAGCGACGGGGAUAGCGUCAAGGGGCUCAAGGACGGGGGAGAGAGUGGAGAGGCCCUCCGGAGGAAAAUCCUCGAUGCGGAAGUACCGCGCGAUCAGCCCAGGGAUGUGGCCGAACUCAACCGCGUUGAGCAGGAAGAGGACAGCAAGGAUGAUGAGUGA